AUGUUUUCUCAUACGUCGCCGUCUACUACCUCCAGAGACGCUUCGAUUAUUGCCACUAAACUUUAUCAGAACAACUCUUAUCCUCAGAAUCAGCUUGGCAGCCACCGUCCAUGGGCUCUGCAUCGUUUCUCUCCGUCUUCACGCUGGAGACUCUCGCUUCUCAAUUCAGUUUCUGAUCAAACAUUCAUUGCGGAGAAGCUCAGCCAUGAUCAGGCUGGCUAUGAUAGCAUACUCCCUGUCAAUCCUAAACCCUGCAAGGGUUUCUCCUCUAAGGUUAUUGAUCUUCUUGAGGCACUCGUCAUCAGGCUCAUGCACGAUGCUUCUCUCCCUCUCCACUACCUCUCCGGCAACUUCGCUCCCCUCCGAUAUGAAACUCCUCCCGUCAAGGAUCUUCCCAUUCAUGGACAUCUUCCCGUUUGA